AUGCAAGAGUUUUGGUGCAAGUAUGACCACGAAGGAUAGUGUGAGGACAUGACAUGGUUGAGUGACUUCUCUCCUAUAAGCUAGUUCUGCUUUCGAGAUCUAACUCCUUACUUUCUUUCCUACCAUAGAACUCCAAUAGAAAACACAUUGACACAAGCAAUGAGUUUUUGAACUUGAGAAAUGGAAUGCGGACAUGACGUUAGUGCAACACAAAAGAUAGUUUUGAGACGUCAUUAGGCAAUAACCAGAGAUCCCAUCUGCAACCUAAUUGAUCCAGCUAAUCAUGAGCUUUAGAAUAAUCCCAGAUGUACAAUAAGAAGGUGAUGAAGGACACCGGUCAAUAGGUUGCAAGAUAGAUGAUUGGGCCAUCUUCUUUUUGUUUUGCUUGUAUUCUUCCUGAAUCGUUGAACUACUUGUUACACUUGAGAAGCUUCUCCAAUAAUUUCUUUCUCGGGAAUGAAAAUAGUUCAUUUUGCUAUAUACAUAUAAUUGAUAUACAUUUGACUAUUUGUAAGCUUUAUGCCAAUUGCUAUCAUUCAUUCUCUUGUUUCUUAUUCGUUGCGAGGCAUGCUUUGACUUUCAGCAUAAAAAUCUAAACUUGAACUUCAAGCUUUCCAUGGAUCUUUUAUGUUUUUGAUAAAAACAAAGGUCAGGGAAAACCACUCUUUCAGCAUCUGGAAUGGUAUUGCCUAGUUCAUUUAAUGUUGGUCCAUUAGCUGAACAAGUUAGCAGCGAGCCAAUGUCGUUGGUUCUGACAGUUGCAUCAAUAAUCGAGCCAUUUCUUUCUUCAAAGCACAGGGAUCAUAUGUUUCAGGUCAAACCAGAGUUGAUUUCUGGUGCUCAGAUAGAUGUAAUGGUGGAGGGGAAUGCUAAAGCGACAAACAGUGAAACCCUUCAUUGGCUACCUGCUGAACUUAUAACGUUGCUUGACAUUCCCGCUUCCUCUGUUGCUCUUCAAACUUUAAUUGGAGCCUCUUCUGGGUCAAUGGAGCAUGGUUGGGAAGUUGGUUGGUCCUUGGCCUCAUAUAAUGAUGGUCAGCAACCAUAUUUUGAUGCUACACAGAAGGAGGCUCCUCGAACUUCAGUCCGGAGUCAAAGGGAAAUGCUACGGGAACAGUCAAUUGAUUCAAGUCUAAUGGGCAAGUUAGCCACUCGAAUUGCUAUACUGAAACUAUCUUCAAGAACUUUUGAGGAUCUGCCGAACCUAAACAUGUCACCUGCAAAGAAGAGGGGGGAUCUUCUUCUGGCAAUGGGUGCUCCAUUUGGCAUCUUGUCUCCUGCUCACUUCUGUAACAGUAUAUCAGUUGGUUACGUUUCCAAUUGCUACCCGUCAAGUUCCUCUCAUGUAUCAUUGUUAAUGGCAGACAUUCGGUGUCUUCCAGGGAUGGAAGGUAGUCCAGUUUUUGGGGAACAAUCAGAGAUUGUUGGCAUGCUUACAAGGCCACUGAGACAGAGGGUUAGUGGUGCUGAAGUUCAGCUUGUGAUUCCAUGGGAAGCCAUUGUAAUGGCUUGUGAUGGCUUUCAAUUACCCAACACAGUCAACUUGAAGGAUUCAUUGAAACAUGCUCAUGAGUAUCUUUGUUCCUUUGAAGUCCCUCCAAAUCCCGUUGAGAAGGCAAUGUCUUCCAUAUGCCUUGUUACUAUUGGUGAUGGCGUGUGGGCAUCUGGUGUUUUGCUCAACAACCAUGGCCUUAUUCUUACAAAUGCUCACCUUCUGGAGCCAUGGAGAUUUAAGAAAACCGGGGCCAAUGAGAAUCAUGAAGUUGUGUCAAAUAUAUUUUUUACCCAUUCAAAUGAAACAGGAGAUUGGCCCCCAACCAAACAGGAGGCAAAGCCAGGGAGUUUUCAGUCUAACUUCAACAAGACAAUUCAUCAAAGAAUCCGUGUUCGUGUGGAUUAUUUGGACCGUUGGAUAUGGUGUGAUGCAAGUAUACUCUAUGUUUCUAAAGGUCCUCUGGACAUUGCAGUACUGCAACUUAAUGUUGUGCCUGAUAAGCUUCAACCUAUCAUCAUGGAUUUCACUUGUCCCUCUCCGGGAUCAAAGGUUUAUGUUAUUGGACAUGGACUUUUUGGGCCUCGUUGUGAUAUGUCUCCGUCAGCUUGUGUUGGAGUGGUAGCAAAAGUAGUUAAAGUGCGGCGGUCUAUUGGAGAGACUGGACAAGGAGAUCUUCCAGUGAUGAUUGAAACAACAGCUGCUGUGCAUCCUGGUGGUAGUGGUGGUGCUAUUCUCAAUUCAAAUGGUCACAUGAUCAGUCUUGUUACAAGCAAUGCUAGGCAUGGUGGGGGAACAAUUAUACCUUAUUUAAACUUCAGCAUUCCAUGUGCAGCAUUGGAGCCACUCUUCCACUUUUCAAAAGACAUGAAAGAUUUAUCGAUCUUGGAAGAUCUUGACAGGCCCAAUGAACACCUUUCGUCCGUAUGGGCAUUGAUGCCACCCCUAUCCCCCAAGCCCGACCCACCUUUGCCUGACAAAGAAACAAAGGGUUCCAGAUUUGCCAAAUUUAUAGCGCAGAGACAACAAAUGUUGAAGCAAACAUCGCCUUCUGACAAGAUGGAUCGUGAUUCUUCUAAAUUUCUUCCCAGCAAGUUAUGACGUCCCUUCUUGUAUAAACCUGCAAUCGGGAGAAACGUUUCUUGGCAAAAAUAUGGGUGAUUUGUUGUAAUGUAUGCAAUUUCCACAUGGAAUGGAAUGAAUGCUUUAGGAUAGUUUUCUUCUGUUAGUAAAUUUCUGCAUUCCAUUGUGUUAAAACUUGAAAUCUACCAUUUGAUGUGAAUGUGAAAGAGACGAAGUAAUAUAGACCUGUAUCACCCUUGAAUCUAUUUAUUUACUCA